UUGACGGCGACUGGCGAACCACCGACGGCUGCGAGCUUGGAGCCCCGUGCCUGCUGCCCCGUGCUUGGAGCCCCGUGCCUGCUGCGCCGUGCCUGCUGCGUGCUUGGAGCCCCGUGCCUGCUGCCCCGUGCUUGGAGCCCCGUGCCUGCUGCGCCGUGCCUGCUGCGUGCUUGGAGCCCCGUGUCUGCUGCGUGCUUGGAGCCCCGUGCCUGCUGCCCCGUGCUUGGAGCCCCGUGCCUGCUGCGAGAGCUGCACAUGGAGCGUCCCUUGUGCUCAUCUGUCUCCUUCUGCCGAGCUGCUCCUCCGACGGCCGCGACGAGAGCUGUGACAUUGGCCCCGACAACGCGGGCCGUCUCCGAGCUAACUGCAGCUCACGGGGCCUGCGGGAUUUCCCCACCAACCUGAGAACGGACAUCAAGGUCCUGUGGCUGACCUCCAACCACCUGGUCGCCCCCAUGUGGGCCGCCCUGGAGGGCCUCCCUCUCCUGGAGGAGCUGGACCUGGCCCACAACCGCAUCGUGAGCGUGACGCCGCGGGCGGCGAUGCCCAUCUUGCACAUUGACGCUUCGCACAACGAGCUCACCGAGUUGCCACCUCUCGGCUUCCUCCGCCGUCUCACUCGGCUCAAGAUCAACGACAACCAGAUCGCACACUUGCCCGCGGACGCUUUCGCCGCCCUCGUCGAUCUCCAGGAACUUUUUCUCGGCAACAAUCGCCUCGGAACUCUCGACCAAAGCUCCUUCACCAACAUGGAUUCACUCCGAAUGCUGUCCGUUCCUGGAAAUGACCUGGCUUCCGUUUCUGCUGACCUCAUGAGCUCAAUGACUAAUCUGGAUGUGUUGGACAUCUCCAACAACAGUCUUAAGUCACUGCCGAGUGGAUUCUUUGAGCCAGUGUUCCUCUCCUACUUCUACGGCUACCAGAAUCAGUGGAUAUGCGACUGUUCUGUUGCCUACUUUUGGGAGUGGAUGCACGAUAUGAACGAUGACAAGGUGUACAACAGCUUAUUGCAAAAGGACAUCGAAAGCAUUCUCUGCUCAGAUCAUGGUCCACAUUCUGCAACACCAUUGUAUAACUUGGAUAAGGACUCUUUUUGUCCAGCAACUCAUGAUCCAAGCACAAAUGUCGCUAUACCCACCUUUCCGAUCCCUGUUGUGAAAACUACACCGAGACCUGCGACUACAGCAUCGCCCUCAGCACCAACAACAGUUCAAGGUAAACCGACCACCGCAUUUCAAAAGAUGACUACGGUUUCGUCAACAACAGCAGAAAUGACCACUGCCCAAGUCACAAACGUUCCCUCCACCGUCAGGGCGACUCUUCGUACGACGGUCGAAGCCAGCACCGCUGUUCCCAGCGCCGCGGCGACUCGCGUGAAGACCACCCCAUGGGUGGCGAGCACGGGGGAAGCAACGGCGAGCCGAGUCAUCGCUGCACGAGCGCAAACAACCACGCGGUCGUCAGGCGACUUCACCAAUGCCACCCGCGUUCAAACGACACUCGCGACGGCCGCGCCGGCGACGACAACAGCACGCGCGGUCGCAACAACCGCAGCGGACGCGCCGAGCAGCACCGCCGCUGCACCCGCAACUCUGCAUAAUCCGACGACGAGUCCACGUCAAACGACCGCAGCUCUUGGCGCCGCGCUGACACGGACGAGCGCGCGUUCCCGCGCGACUCCCGAAGGCGACGGCGACGGCGGCGGCAGCGGCGAACCGACGACGGCUAGGCGGGACGCGACCGUCGAAGGCACCGCCACAGCUCGCACGUCUGCAUCGGCUCGCACCCAACGCUGGUGUCUCUGCCGGCCGGAGGAGGCGGCCGUCCCCACGGAAACUUCACGGGAAAAUCCGUGCGACAACAGAUUUCGGCCUCCGCCGACGGAAGGCGGUUUAACCGACGGUUUUCUUUCCGACGCUUCUCUUUCCGACGCCUUAGUAAGUCACUUGAAGAGACUCACCACGACGAGGUGCCUCAGGUACGGCAUCUUUCCCUGGCUCCUGCACCUCAUUCACGCGCUGCUGUUUCUGGCGCUCAUUUUCUGCAUACUCCAGCUUCGGGGUUACCUCGUGGCCGAGCGACACGCAGCCUCCUGCCUGACAAAGCAGGGCAGACGGCGCCCCGACUAUUUGUCCCGGCGCUUCCAGCACGAGAUCAUCAACCACCCGCUGAACCUGCGCCACAGGAGGCAGCUGCCCAUGGGGGAGGGCACGCUGCCCAGCGUAGAGACGAAGCCUUUCGUCUUCCGCUUGAGACACGUCCCCGAGAAGGACCCGGGGCCCGAGGUCUCCAUAGUGUAUUGUUGAGAUUUCAUCAUCAUGGUCAUUAUCACUAUCAGCACCUAACAUUUAUAAUGCACCUCCCAUGCACAUAUAUCUCAGGGCACCCCUACAGCAGGGGACCGCCGGUGGCAGCUGUCCCUGUGAGUUUCAAUUGGAACCCGGUCAGAAGUGGGUAUUAGUAUGCCGGUAAGGGUGCGACGUUGCUAUAUUGCCGCCUAAUUAAGUAAUUGAUCAAAUUUGCUAAAUCUUGGACCGUGACACGGGCUACUUUUAUUCGAACAACAUUGCGGUAUGUUUAGCUUUUAUUAUGAAGAUGAUGAUGCGUCUUUAAUGUUUAGUAUAGCUACAGUAUUAACCAGGGCAGCCACUGAAAUUGAACCGCAAACCUUUUCAAAAAGUCUCGAAUGUGCUGUGGCUAGGCCAUGUCUCCACCCUAACAUGCGUGUUCGCGAUAUGGAAGAGUGAAAUUCGUAUUAAACAUGCAUACACUAGUGGUGGCUGGGAAUAAGAAUAACCUUGAGAACAUGUUGGGAAACACCAGACAUUUGCUUAACUAGUGAGACGGUGUGACUACGGCAAGAAGAUUGUGGUCAUUGUCAGCCUGAAAUGCCUACAUAUUUGCCAUCGGCUUAAGUGUGAACCAUAGCUUGUAGCUUGAGCUGUAUAUAGCUGAAUACAGCUCAAAAUGUAAUCUGACCCAAAUAUCGAGUGCAUUGUGGACACAUGCCCACAGAUAAGCAUGUGGAUUAGCAUUUUGCCAAAACUCAGGAAGUAGGAAGGGGUGAGGUCGAGUUAUUUUUGAGGUGGAGGCGGUGGAACGAUUGUAGGUUGAUAGGGUUGCUACAUGUGCAGACAUGUUGUGAACGUUGUUCCGAACGUUGAACGUUUACUGGGACGCUGCAUAGUUGAUUUUGGGUGAAGGUCAGAAUGUUAUUCUGGGCUAAUCAGAAUGACGUUCCGGCUUAUUAGAUUCUAUUCUAACUUCCUUCCUAGAUUUUUUCCUGAGGAUGCUUGGCGAAGUGGAAAGUCACAUAUACAGUAACUGAUAACUUUGAUAAUCAGGAUUGUUCUUAAAUCUUGACUUAAAGCUUUCGUGAUUGCAGGAAUUCACAUUCUUUGGGUAUUUCGGUAAAAUCACGGAGAUAGGUAUGUUGUUCUUAAACUUAAUGGUGAGCUAAAUCAAUAAAGAUAACAAUUGGCGCGUCACAUGCUUGUGCACGUAAAAAAAUAUUACGUCGGGGAGUGUAGGGUCUUAAAAUAAAAUGUGGCCAUAUUAUUACAUGGCCUAAUCCAAAAAUAAAUUGAGUCAUAAUAUUGGCUGUGAAAACUUAUAUGUUAAGAGAUAUUCUUGUUUAUAACAUUAUGAAAUGUAAUCUACAGUAUACUGUUUGAAAAAAGUACCUAUAUAUACAUACACACACAAAAACAAAUUUAGACAGUAUUUUUUAUUACCGAUUUAUUAGAAUAUAUAAUAAAUCCAUUUACUGCGGUAAAUUUUGGACAAUUUAUAUGAAGCCAGCACUUAAUCAAAAAGUUCUAAAAAGCAUUGCAAAAACCACACAUGUGAAAUAAAAUACACUGCUGUGGAAUUGUGGUGUGCGGCAAUGUUAGGGCGCCUGUACAGAAGUGAGUGCAUGUGCUCGGUGGUGAAGUGGCAUUUCGUCAACGUCAUUUGGCCCCUUAAAGGAAGAAAACAAUCGGCAAACCAACAAAGCUCUUUCAUUAUAGUCCAACACAGUGGCAUGGUGUUUGAAUGUCCAGGCUACUGCCACUGCACCGGGGCCCAUGGGCCAGAGGGGCCCAGGUUCCUGGCUAUGAAGAGGGUGGACGGUGGACAACAACCCAUCGAACAUUUUCCUCCAGCACAGUCUCUUGGAUGCUAAAGACUGUUGGAUUAUUAUUGUUAUUAUUUGGUACAAGUAACUGGUAGCGGGCUUUACCCACUUUCAGCUUUAGCAUCAUACUCUCUCCUGGAGGCAAAUCACUUGUGGUUCACUGAUGGGGAUUGGAUAUUUUUAAGAGUUUAGCAUGAUCAAUGUGGAACUUUAUUUUAUCCAUGCGCUGUGAUUAUAACCAAGUAAACCACCAGUAGUACAUAAUUUUUGACCGUCCAAAAAAAUUUUCAAUUCAGAUUUUCAGCAAAAUUGUUAUACACAAUGACUUGAAUAUGUUUGUGCUAAAUUACGGAUUUUAGCCGUUCUAAAAUGUUAGCAUUUACCUCAAUCAGUCAUGAUUGUCCAUCAGUGUUGCUUAUUGUGCAGUAUUAAUAAAUGAAAUAUGGGUCAUUUA